AAGCCAUCAAUAUGUUAAUUUGAGUCUUAGUAACGGCGGAAAAAAAGAUGGCGUUCGGGCACGCUUCAAAAAUAUAAAUGGCAACUCUAUUCUAAACUUUCAUUUUUCAAUUAAGAAAAAAUUGUAAAAACUGAAAAGGUUAUCUCUAAAAAAACAACUUUUAAUACAAUUAUUGCUCAUGGUCUCAUCAUCUCAUGGAUUCUCUUAUAUCUAGCCAGCCUAUUAAUGAAGAUGUUUCAAAUAUUGAAUCUAUUAGGAAAAACUUAGAUGCUUCGAUUGAUAAAUUAAAAAAAGCUGAAAAUGUAGAGGAAUACCAAAGUCAAUGUACUGUUUUAAGCUUAUUGCUCGGUAGUUUAGAUAAUAUUCAUAUGUCGCUUGGAAAUUUACGUGUAACACAAAUUGGAAAAUACAUUACAAAACUAGAAUCAAGGCUUCCACCUCACCUUUCAAUCCAAGCCAAAAAUUUAAAUAACAAAUGGAGGGACGUUGUUUUACAAUAUCGCCAAUUAGUUAAAAAAAAUCUUGCAACGCGUAUAGGAUCUGGAGAUAAUAUGAUUAAAAAUGCUCCAGAAAAAAAUCCAGAACCUAGAACUUCAUUGCUAGCGACUGAACUUAAUACUGUUCAAAAACUAAAUCAAAAACUAGUAUCUACAAUUUCAUUGCAAGAUACUGACGUUAUAAUAGUUCAAAAUCCAAAUCAAGUAAAGUCAAAAAUUACAAUACCAGAGCACCCUACAGAACAUCAAAAUUGUUACAAAAUAUUUUCAGAAAGUGAUGUAAAUGAUAUAAAGAUUGUUAUGUCGAAUACAAUAAAUAAAAUUAAUACAAUUGAAAGCGACGUUGCAAACAUCAAAAAAGUUAUUUUAGAUCUCAAUUCCAAGCUUUUUAAUAUCUUUGAAAAGUUUGACAAGUCUGCAAUAACCCGACAAACUAAUAUUUUAUCUCUUGAUGCUAAUCUGAACCUCAAAACUGAUUGUUUAGAAGUACCUACCUCUAAAGCCAGUCAUAAUGUUCAAUAUAUUUCACCAGGUAUUGAUGUUCAAAAUAAGGUAAGUAAUUACAAUUAUAAAAACAAUGAUUUUUUAAUUCCAUCUAAUAGCAAAACAGAAGUUUUUGAUGAAAAGUUUGAUAAGGUAAAUAGACAUUCAUUAAGCACUCAAAAAACAUUUAAUGACAUUAAACAAGCAACAUUUAACAAAGAAAUAAACAAUUUGAAAGAUUCCCCUGAUAAAAUUCAUUUAAAAAAUAUUGAAAUAGAUUGUGACCGUGUCAAUGGUCCUGAAAAUGUAAAUAAAGUUGUUAUUAAAAUUGAAGAUGAUGAAGAUCCAAUAAAUGAAUUUUCAGGUUUCAAUAACUCUAGGAAGGUAGAAGUAUGUGAAAUCUCGAAGACAACUUAUAACCCUCUUUCUAAUCAGUCUUUAAGUUCAGUCCCCCCUCAAUCCUUUAGCAACCUAAAUGGAAUUUUUAACCAGUCUGUAAUCAAUAAAUCAAUGAGUGUAAAUUUGAGUCCUAGUUUUUCAAGCAUAAGCAGCAAAACUCUGCCACCUACUGUAUCUUCUGCACAUCAAACACUCUCUAAUUCUUCACUGCCAUUAUUAGAAAAGAAGUAUUCUAAGGAAACUAAUUGCCGGUCUAUACAAUUAACCUCUCCAUUACCUUUGUAUGGUUCACAUUCUAGCAAAUUAAAUCAAUGUAACAAAAUUUUGAGCAGUUCCAAAUUUAUUGCUACAGAAAAAAAAUCUAUGAGCAAUGUGUUUAAAGUGCCGCAAACAAUGAUGCAUCCAGUAAUCCAGUCUGCCAACACAGAAGUCAUUUUAAAAACAGCAACUCCUUUACAAGAAGCCAAUAAUGUUUUGCUUGAUGGUAAUUUAUCGAUACAAGAUGUUGAGCUUGAACCUUUUCUUUCUUUUUCUCAAGCUGUCGACAACAUGGGCGAUGAACUUGAAGGUGAAGACCGUUCGUAUUUACUUAAUAAUGCAAAAAAGAAUCGCGGAACCUGGAACAAAAUAUGUAAAAGUAACGAAGGAAUGAGAUAUGCUCUUCUUGUAAAAUCUAAAGGCAGAAUGAAAGCGGUACAUAAAGCAUCCCUGGGUAAAGAUGCCAUUCAUAGAAUCGUGAAAAAAAAGAUUCGAAAAAUAAAUAAAAAGUUUUCGUAAUAAUUUACGCAAAUAAAGAGUUUUUUAUUCUGUUUGUAAUAAGCAUUUCACAUUUGAUGAAUUAAUUACUUUGA